UAGACAUUGAAUCUCGUGCAGACUCGCGUUUCGUCGUUGCAGUAGCUGUCGCAGAACCAGGGGGCGGAAGAAGGCCUGCUUCAACCAUCUCUUGCUCUAUCUUCUUGGUUCUAGAAAUGGCGACGGAUGAAGAUUCACGUAGGGUAUUGACCAUUUCAAUGACGAAGUAGUCCAUUGCUGGUCCGUCCAUUAGUUUCGGUGGUGGAUCCGCUAGAGCAGAUAUACUGGCGGAAAGCGUAGCCAUAGACGUAGAGGGAUUCAUCUCGGUAUAUAGAAAACAGGUCACUCAGUAGGGAAUCCUGAAUUUGUCUGAGCCUGCUAUAGGCUGGUUCAGAAGAAAGGUUCGGGCGCUUCCGAACUUGGACGGAACCCACUCGUUCUCCCCCACGGCUACAUCCCAACAUUGAUUUCUCUACCUGUGCUUUAGUUCUACUCUGAACGUUUAGGAUUGGAUCUCUAGGCAUUCUUGGUGAGGCAGGAGUUAGAUCAAACCUAGAACUUGGUGAAGUUCAUUCAACCACCGUACUUACCUUCCCUCACUGGGUGGCUGCUUACACACGACCAUUCGUUGGCCACGAUCACGCUCAUUUAAAGACAUCCUGCAUCGUGAUUAAACCUGUUACGACCUCACGACUCGUAGACAAAGCAAGAGGUUGACUAAGCCUCAACAAAAUGUCUGCCCUUUCGUCGUUCUUUCCUUCCAAGUUUCUAGGCCAUCCGCGCGAUCGAGCGGAUUCACCGCUCUCUCGUCUUCGUUUCCAAUUGGACACCAUGCCGGGGUCCAGGAAAUAUGUCUUCACACCUGCUACGCGAGCCGAGAUAUUAUCGGAACUAUAUGAUUCCUUCUGGGGCUCUUAUUCGCAUAUGUUCCUACCAAACUCGAACUCUAGUCUUCCGAUGCAUGCCACUCUGAGCGAAGUGCAAUUUCGUGCGGGUAUGCACACGGAUUCGAAUGCACCCUCAGAUAGGCCGUGUGGGCGUAUAUUCAAAAAAGGAGAGGCUUGUUUUCGUUGCAAGGAUUGCGCAGUGGACGACAGCUGCGUGAUGUGCUCACGAUGCUUCGGUGCAACGAAUCAUGUGACACAUAAUGUCAUCUGCUUCAUUGCCCAGCAGUCGGGAGGUACCUGCGAUUGCGGAGACGCGGAGGCCUGGACAACAGAUCCUCAAUGCCCAUCUCACACCAUCUCACCAGAGACGUCGGAUUCUGUGCAGCAAUUCAUUGCAGGGACCCUUUCAUCACCUCCUCGAACCACUCCUAAGACUAUCGCUGGCCAAGAAGUCCCUCCAGUGAAGAAUUAUUCAAAGAGAGCUUCCAUUCCUCCUGAUUUGCAUGAAUCUAUGAGUCGAACAGUUGGCUAUGCAAUAGAUUAUAUCCUCGACACACUUGACUAUUCGCCGGACGAGACCAUCUGCCCGAGGGAUGAGAUCGUCCUUCGUAAUCAACCCUCCGGCGAUCCUAUGAUGAUGAAGGAACAAUAUUGCAUAGUCAUCUGGAAUGAUGACAAGCAUUCUUACGAUGAGGUUUCUCAGUUAUUGGUCGACACAACGGGUCGGACAAAGGAUGAAGCGUCGGAGGUUGUAGCCAGAAUUGACGAGAAUGGUCGUGACGUGGUGGAUAUGAACGCUAACGUUCCACGACUGCUCGAAAUAGGCCACUCAAUAUCCCAAGUUGACCUUGGGGUAACCAUUCGUCGAGCAUACGAUACAUUUCGAGAGCAAGUUAGUGCGGUGAUUAUAGAGUGGUUAUUGGACCUUACUCGCAGUCGCAUCGGGUCGGAUACUGUGACAAUGCGAGAGAUUGUUGCGGCCGAGCUGCUCUCUUCCAGAAAGCAUAGCACCCCGCAAGCUCGUGCGGAUAUGAGCGAACUCCAAGAUCCUGCAAGGAUCGACUGGAUGUUCGUCUAUCACACCAAAUUGUGGAAGAAACCAAGGCUCAAUCUCAAGGAGGUAUACGCAUCCCUUCUAUUCUUAAGUCACGAACAUAAGCUUGCCGUCGCAUCACACUUCGCGAAUAUCUACAAUCGUGUCAUUGACCUCUACCUACUUGUCGACCGCGAGGCCGAAACAUCCGUCAAAUACUUCACGCUGCAGCUGUUCACCAUUCCCUCUGUAGCUCUCUAUGUAGCUCGACAACACAACAUGAUUUCCCGGCUCUUAGCUGUUGUGACAGCUUUUUUCACGAAUCAAAUUGAAGGCAGGCGCAUCAUCAUGCCACCAGACCUCAACAUACAGAUUGAUGUCGAGACAUUCCCAUUCAAGUCCAAACGGUUCAUGCCCGUCUUCAGCGAUCUGCGGUACCUCUGCAGCAGCGAGCCUGUGCAGAAACUCAUCGUCCAGAACAAUGAAUUCAUCUCUCAAUUCGCGAAGACAUGCCAGCUAUUCAUGUGCGUUAACCCCAACAAACGUCUCGCUUCCGACCACGUCGAAUACGAGACAGAUGCUUGGAUAAGUGUAUUCAACGUUACGCUUUCAUUGUCUCGCGUCAUCAAGACCUACGGUCAAGCGUUCGCCAAGGCCUCGGUUGCUGAACUUGUGGCAGCCGUCAACACCGUGAUGCACCAUAUUCUCAUCGCAUCCGUGGCUCGGGACGACGAGAGAGAUCCGACUAGGUUUCCUCCCAUUGUCUUCCACGACGUUGAGUUCGGUAAUUCAACAUACAAUGUAGUUGACUUCAAUGUGUUAGAUGGACCAGUCAGCUUCCACCAUUCAUUGCAAUGGCUGCUGUCCGAGUUACUCAAACAUGUGGACAUUUUGACCGAAGAGAAUCUGCAGCAGGUCGGCCUGCAGUCUCUUCGGGACGUUUGCCUUCGGAAGGCGAGCGAGCAGGCGGUGCAAACCAUUGUUGACUAUCCUCUGCGAGUUCUUGCCAUGGUUGCUCAGAUCCGAACCGGAUUGUGGGUACGAAACGGAUUCGCCAUCCGCGGCCAACUCAUUCAUUAUCGUGAUUACAUGUUGCGAGAACUGUGCUAUGACCAAGACCUGUUCAUUCUACAGAACGCUUUGGUCAUUCUAAACCCGGACUCAGUGUUCAUCAGCAUGCUUGACCGCUUCCAAUUGACUUCAUACUUUUCUGGCGCGGCCUUGCACGAAGUGUAUGAAGAUACCCAACUAGGCGGGAUGGUUGAAGAAUUGCUAUACGUACUCACCGCUAUCUUGACGGAGACUGCAUGCGCCUCAAAGAUGCCCAUCUCCGUGCUCAUUCGAAGAGAAAUUGUGCAUGCCCUUGCUGUUGGUCCUGCCACCUUCACAGACCUCACCAAGCGUGUCGCUGAACGGUUGCCGGAUGACAUCAACUUCGAGCGCGUAUUACGCGAAGUCACGAACUUCAAAGCACCCGAUACCACAUCUGACCUUGGCAUGUACGAGUUGAAGGAUGAGGCGUAUGACGAGAUCAAUCCCUUCUUCUAUCACUACGCGCGCAAUAAGCGUGAAGAAGUCGAGGUAGUCCUUCGCACACGGUUCCAAAAGCGUGGUAUUGAAGACCCAAUAAUCAUCCCCAAGCCGCUCAACAUCACAUUCGGUCCCUUCACGGUCCUGCCGUCUGUCUUUGAAUCCGAAGUCCUUCUGCAGAUUCUUUUCUACUCUCUUUACAAUGUGCUAAGUGUGACUGAUAACACCGGCAAUGCACCUCCAGCUGCGGAAGCCAUCCUUGACCAAGCCAUCUACUUGAUCAUGUCUGCCCUUAUUGAGCGACUUGAUUUCUUUAGUAGCCUUGCCGUGUACAAGUCCUUUGAAGAGGAUCGGAAUUUACUUUCUAUGCUCUGCGCAUUGGAACACCACACUACAUUCGGCAAGGCGUACAAGGGACGCAUUGGAUGGAUUCUUACUCGAAUCGCCCAGCACGAACCAAAUGCUGUCCAAAUACAGCGAUUUAUCCCUGAGUCGUCGAUGGCUGACGAUCCAAAUGAAGCGAAGAAACGUGCCGCAAAAGCGAGACAAGAGGCGAUUAUGAGGCAGAUGAAGGCUCAGCAAGCUAGCUUUGCUGAUACAUUCGAUGACUUUGGUGACGAUGACGAGGAAGACAUGGGUGAUACACCGGAAACGCCAGUUUCAUAUGGCACUUGUAUCGUCUGCCAGGAGGAGCUGAACAAUAACAAGGCGUUCGGCUCCCUUGGCUUCCUCCAACCUAGUCGCGUAUUGCGCCGCUACCCCGAACCCCCUAUAGCGCAAAUGAACGACGUCUUCACAGUGCCCGAGACAUUAGAUCGCGCCGGACCUCCAUCAGCUAUUGCAACGUUCCCACCAUUGGAGGCUGCUCAGGUGAAGUGGGACGGUCCCCCGAAGUUUGACGCAUUCGACACCUCACUCCAUGGUCGGUUCGGUCUUCAUGCAUCAAUAUGCAGUCAUAUGAUGCAUCUGGAAUGCUUCACCGUAUACAGCGCCUCAAUACGCCAACGACAUCGAAUGCAGGCUACGAGGAAUCAUCCGGAGAGUAUCCCGAGAAAGGAGUACAUCUGUCCUUUGUGCAAAAGUUUGGGAAACGUCAUUCUACCUGUCACGCAACCCCAAAGCCUGAUUCUUAACCCCGUUCCGUUCGCCGAUUGGAUUCGUGCCCAAGGGAUUAGUAUUCUGAAGUCAAAGUCGGAUCCGGUCCUUGAAUCCCUUCAGUUCAGAAAUGGGACAGGCGAGUUUGUGUUCUGGUCAGCUCAAGACCCGGGAUAUCAGUCUUACAUGCGAGGUGGCGAUCGUUCAGACCCUUUGGAAGUACAUAAAAUGGUUGACACUGUUAUGGUCAUCGCGAAGACCAUUUCUACACAAACUCGACAUCUCAGGACAACGCGCCCAGAACCUGAUCCUGGUGAAAGAGGUGCUGGAUUAUACCUUCCGGAGGAUCUGGUCGCUUACACGAUCUCAUGUCUCGAAGUGGCUCAACGGGGGCAGGGACAUCCAGGAACAACAGUCGCCGACAGUCUUACAGAAUCCCAAGUUCAAAUGAUUCAAGGCAUCGUGUCCUGCUUGACCAAACUAGCUUCUUUGAACUUCAAGAGUCGACCAGAUGAAGGACGUCUCGCAGUGCGACAAGCCAUCAUCAAACGUCUCCUGCCAGAGUGGAGUCGUACAUCCUUCACCUCCUUCGCCUAUCCUCUUCUUCUCAGGGACCCGUUUACUGUCCUAGCCGAGACCGCAGCUGUAGCGCCUGACAUCCUCAGGCAUGUUCUCAUCCUGACUUACUAUGCCUGCCUCGCUCGCACGGUCAUCGCGCUCAUUUACUGCAUGUCCAAGGUACGGCCUCAGUCCCAGCCACCAGGCACUCAACAGUACGAGGACAUCUUUGGCGAUGUUCGAAUGUUCUUCAUGUCUGUCAUCCGUCCCGCGCCUUCUUUAGAGCAUAUUACCGAAGUAGCGUUCCAAACCUUUGGAGACGCGAAGAUCGCAAAAAUGCUAUACGUCUUCACUCUUCCAUUCCUUCGACGAGCAGCCAUCUUGUGCAGGGCGAUCAUGCCGAACGCCUUUUCAACUCCUGAAGAUACUGAUGAUUUAUGCGAGUAUCGUCGUCUCCUAAAGAUGCUCGGUAUCCCACCCCUCUCUGAUCUUCCCAACCAAGAUACCUUGCAAAAUGCACUUUCGGGCUGGUGCUCGCACUACGGUCACUCCCCUGCAGCUGCUCAGCUCAACAGCGGAAUCUAUCUGGAUUACCCCACCAUUUACCGUCUCGCAAGACUUCCCGUUGUUUUUGAUCAUCUGUUCCUGGAACAAGAGAAGCUGCUGAUAUGCCCGAAUUGCAAAACCGUCCCGCAGGACGCGGCAAUAUGUUUGAUGUGCGGAACGUCAUGUUGUCUGCAGUCGCACUGUUGCAUGGAAGCUUCGCCAAUUGCUCAUCGGGGUGAAUGCAACCUCCAUGAACGAACCUGUUCGGGUCCCAUUGGCAUAUAUUUUCUGCCAAAGCGCUGUUCCAUCUUGUUCCUGUAUGCGAACAGUGGCACAUUCGCGCAGUCACCCUACCUCGACGUACAUGGCGAACUCGAUAUCAACAUGCGUCGUGGCCGCAGACAAUAUCUGCACCAUGCUCGGUGGGAAGAGGUUCGCAGACUGUGGCUCACUCAUGGAAUACCCACCACGAUCGCUCGCAAGCUCGAGUCAACGGUAGACCAGGGUGGAUGGGAAACUCUAUGAUUAUGAGCUCCUUGAAUGAUAAUCUCUCUCGUCACUGCUUUCUCUAGGACCCUUGGUUUGUAGAUGAUUCACGGCAACCCUCAUCAUAGAUAGAACGACAAGGACUGUUUCACAUCGACCACAAUCACAAUGUAUAGUACUCCAUCAACCGACCCGUUGUGUAGCCUACAUUUCAACGUCUUAUUUGUUCACGUUCCAGAACGUGAAAUGAGAGCAUUCAAAGAUAGUAUGGUACUGAAUGCGGCGUGAUGCAACGUGUGAAUUGACCCUGAUAUGCCGAGCUCUAUUGUUCAAUGUGCCAAAGCAGUCUUCAGCCUUUCCUUGAUCCUGUCCUG